AUGUAUUUAACUUCCAUAACUUGUACACUUUGCCUCUAUUUCAACAUUUUCCCUCGUUAUCGCUUCUAUUCCCCCCCCUCUCACUUUGUAUUCUCUCUUUUUGUCUUGUUUUUUUUUCCUUCUUACCUAUUAUUCUCUUCCUUUGUAUCUGUUAUUCGGCCCCUCUCAUCCAGUAUUCUUCCAACCUGUCUCACUCAUUUACUCUCUUUUAUUCAUCCCCUCAAACUAAUUAUUCUCCUUCCCUCUCGCUUUUUCUCAUCACUUCCCACUCAGUAUUCCCCCUCACUAUCUCGAGUCCAUCUUGUCCCAAAAUUGCCCCCCUCUCUCUCUCUCUCUCUCUCUCUCUCUCUCUCUCUGUCUCUCUGCUUAAAUUUCCUCGCAAAUAUCUUAGAUUGUCAUAAUAUUCUUAUAAAAGUUUUCUUGAUACUUACUCAUUCCCCUGUGACUCUCCUUUUUUUUCCUGCCAUUUUCUUUCUUUUCUUUCAAUUACCUUCUCUCCUGCAGCAGUCACGUUUUGCAACUCAUGGUUGGUCGCUGAGAUCAAAAUAUUCUUAUAUCACCCAUCUCAUCUGCUUAUCCACCACGAGACACACUACUGCUCCCCUUAUCAUUCCCACUGUUAGAGUUUUCCACCCCCCCCCCAAAUGCACCAACUGCGUUUUAUUCUCUGUAUACGUCGCCUCGGUGAAAUAA